ACGAUGAAGGCUGUCCUCUUGAUAUUUCUCAUCAAGUACCAUCUGGUGAUUGGUGGGAACUUCCAGUAUUCAAGUCUAGCGGAAAACCGUCCUGAUCUUACUCUGGAUGAUGACAUUGAAAAUGUUGGAGCUGUAAAAUAUAAUGAUAUGGUGAGAAGAUCAUUAUACCGUCAUAUUGAAGAAGGAACUCUAGGGUAUGGUUCUAUUCCCUCAGGGAAUCCUCCAGAACUUUAUCCAAGGUGUAUUCCUAAGUGGAGUAGACAUGCUGGCAUCACUGUCGUAAACAACUUGGAGGAUUUGCUUGUAGACGAUAUUGAAUAUCCGAACCGUGGGAAGAUCCUCCUCAGACGUGUCCGAGGUGUUGAAGAUUGCUCUAGAAGAUGUUUGUUAGGUUCACAAUGUGAUAUGUUUACAGUGUUAGGGAAUACAUGCUUGUUCUACCCUCAUCUUAGACUUAAGCACUUACCUUUCCAUCAGGUGUUAAAGUUGAAUGGAUCUGCUCUAACUUAUGUUCUGAAUUGUGAUGAUACUCAAGCCAACUAUUUACCGCCAUUAACUAAAUCCCCGAACUGGUCUCAAGAUAAUUAUGAUGGAUCAAAACAUCUUAGAUAUUUUGACAGAAUUCUGCCAGCAUGUCCCAAAGGAUGGGAAGACUACAUGGAAAAAAAAUGUAUCAGAUAUGAUUCUACAGAAAAACAGAAUAGAAGCGUUGCUCAAGAGGAAUGCUUUAAGAGAGGAUCUUCAAGCUUACUGAUUAUUGAGGAUACAGACGAAGCAAGAUUUAAUGGAAAUAAAGAACAUUUCUGGACUGCUGGAAAAAGAGAAAUGAUAAAUGGACAGGGCAUAAAGAGCUUCUACUGGGAAACCUAUCCUAGUUUCAAUUCUCCCGUACUACCUUAUACUCCUAGAGAGUUUCCAUGGAACGAAAACGAGCCAAGUAACCAAAUAUCUGAAGAUUGUGUUUACUUCAAUACAGACAGGGAUAGGAUUAAUGACAGACCUUGUGAAGACCCAAUUUUUUUUACAUGCGAAAAGAAAAGAGAUUUGUUGGGACUUGGAGGUCAAGUUGAUGGUCGCAGAUCAGAAUAUGCAGCUCGUAAUGCGUAUACCAAUUCUUCUUUUGUAUUAAGCCUAACCUUAAAUCUUCCAGAUUUAGGUCUUACCUCUGAAUAUGUAAACACUUUUAAGCCGAAGGCAUAUCUAAAAGCCUGGAUAAGGUUUGCAUCCUCACAAUUAGGUGAUACAGUUGAGGAUGCACUUUUAAUAGUUGGAAAAGUUGGUAAAACAGAAAGCAGUUUAAAAAUCAAUCUUUCCCUCAAAUCUGAGAGUCAUCCUCUCGUAAUUCCUAUCUUAAACUUAACAACAAGUAAUCUACCAAUGCCUAUAUCCAUCAAAGCUGAAACCAAGGAACGUGGUUUAAUUCUGAUAUCACCGCUCGAGAUUACAGUGGACCGUCCUGUCUAUAUUGGAUGCUUCUUAUUAUUCAGCAGUUCUGAUCUUAUCCCAGAGCUUAGUCAAACUUCUUCUCCUCUUGACUGUUUAGUGCUCUGCAAUAAACAAUCCAAAAGAUUUGUACUUUUACAAGAAACAGAUUGCUACUGUCACUCAGAUGAUUCAUAUUAUCAACUUUUUAUGUCUGGUUCUCUAGUUCCAUCUGCUCAAUGCAAUAUAACUUGUGAAUCUGAUACAAAUAGUUACUGUGGAGGUGUUCAUAGACAUUCUGUCUAUUUGGCAAAAUGUGAGGAAGGAUUUGAAAGAUAUGGUUCAAGCUGCUAUAAGAACAGAGAUGUUGACUGGUUUUGGCAUCACGAGGCAAAAUGCAACCAGCAAGGGGCUUCAUUAUGGGCUCCUAGAAAAGUUGGAGAUAUGGAAAUGAUACAAGAUAUUUUCAAAAUUGAGGAAGAAUAUUACAUAGGAGUAAAAGAAAAACAUACUAAUGAUGAAUUGGAAUUUCUUGACUUGACAAGGGAACCUGGUUUCUAUCCAUCAUAUUACUCAUCUGGUGAAUUGGAUGAUUUUACACAAGAUGAGGAUCCUGUUCAAGACUUUAAAUUUGGCAAGGAUACUGUUUUAUUUCUCUCCAAUGGGAAGCUUAAAGUAGGCAAGAAUGCACAAGCAAGAGGAAUUUGUGAAAAACCCAUUGAUGGAAAACAAGGAAACUUAAACUUGUUUAAAGAUGGAGGACUUAAAUACAAGAUCAUAGGAGAUGAAGUUGAGAGCGUAGAUAAAACCAAUUCUAUUCCUGAUAUAUAUCCAGGAAUACCCUUGACAAUUCAAUGCACAAAAGGGUCCUUUCAGAGUUGGUUUGAAAUUGUAUUUGAUCAGAUGGCAAUAAUUGAUUCUGUUCACUUUAUUCUCAACAAUCAGGAGAUUGAAAAAUUUGUUCUAAAAACCUCUUCUACUUUAGAAGAUAUUUCUUUUCUUCCUUUAUCCUUAGAUGCAAAUAAGAAAAUAUCAGUGUUUAAAUUAUUGCCUAAUCCUAUUGUAACAGACAGAAUCAAGAUUAGAAUAGAAAGGUCAACUCCUAUAGUAGAGAUGAAUCUAGAAUUAAGGGGAACAAUUGCGACCCAGCUUUUAUCCCAUGAAUUAUUUUCAGAAGGACCCCUCAGCACUGCAUACACUCCAAUACUUGACGAGGAUCAAACUGUUAAACUGAAGGGAAAUAUAUGUCCAAGAGGUGGUAUUAGAUUCACAGGGUAUUACUCAACUAUAGGGGAUGGUAAUGAAGCAAAGAUAGAUGUUGACUUUUUAUCUUGCAAUGGAUCCUCUUCACUGACGUUUAAAUUGGAACAGAAAACUUUAAAGAUCAACUUUGAAAAUUUAAAUAGUCGAAAAAAUGUUACAAGUUCAAUGGAAUUCAGUCAGAAAGAUAUGUUGGAUGUGUAUAUUACUUGCCCUGAUGGAUAUUAUGAAGUUUAUGUGAAUAAUUCUCAUCACUUGAAAACCAGUUUGGAAGCUGAAAAUAUAACGGAUGUUCACAUUUCAACCAAAAAUAUAAUAAACUUGAAUCUUGAAGAAGUUUCAACUUUAUACAAGACUAAUCCAACAUAUGACUUUAAUCCAACAAAAUGCAUUGGAAAUAUUUGUGUGACAAAAGCUUUACCUGGUUUGGGAAAACUCAUUAAAGUCUAUGUAUCACGUAUGGAGGUUGUGUACUGGCUUGGUGAAUAUUCAAUUGCAUGCCAUAGAACUCCAAUAUCUAGCUCAUUAUGCAACAUUCAACUAAUAAAAUGGGACCAAAUCCCUAAAGGAGGCUUUCAAGAUUCAGGUUGCCCAAAAGAUACAGAGAACCUUGGCUUGGGUGAUCUGUGUUUAAAAUAUAAUGAUACAGCUUUAUUAUUUCUUGAAGCUCAAAGUUCUUGUUCACUAACAUUUGGAUUGGUUCCGCCCCCUGUUGAUAUUUACCAAAACACUAUUCUGAGUGUUUAUGCUGAAGAGCAAGAUAUUGGAUCAUAUUGGAUUGGAGUGACAAGAAUCAAUGGAGUAUGGGUAAAGACUGAUGGUAGAAAACUAGAAGACACUGAACUUAGUUUUGAAGAUAAUAUAGAUGAGGGAGAUUGUAUAAUUGCAGACAAUAAGAAUGACUUCAAACCUAAAAUUGUCUCUUGUACUGAAAAAAAUAGGUAUUUUUGUACAGUUGGACCAAACUGUCCUUCGGGAUACACCUGGGUUCCAAGCUUGGGUAGAACUUGUCUUAAAGUUGGAAAUGUAGUUGGAGGAAACAAUAUAUUUGCUGAUGUACAUUCAGGAGAGGCCUUUUGUGCAAAAGACGGAAUGAGUCUAUUUGUUCCAACAACACAAGAAGAAGUGAAUAGCCUGGUAGAUUGGAUCAAAUCUUCUGCGGUGGGGACUAAUAUUAAAGCUAUUCUAGGAAAGUAUUGA